AUGGGCUCAGUCUACAAUACAUCUCUGCAGCUACCCAUCAUUACAUCCUCGGGAGAGGAUAAUGACGACUUUGACUUUCAUGCACCAGCAGCAGUGACAUCCAAUAACAUUGCCAGUACAGAGUUUGAUUUCGAGUACGACACCACUGAAACAUUAGCACAGCGUGUGAUUCAACAAACAUCUGCUACAUUCACUUCAUUGUCGGCCAAUGCAAGCAAUAACACCGUUGCCAUGUCAACGGCAACAUCCACCAUCACACCCCAAUUUUCGUAUCCAAGCAACAACAACAACAACAACAGCAGUAGUAGUGAUGUAGCAUCGACAAUGAAUAUAGCGACACCUUGCAUUGAUGAGCGACACGACACUUAUGGACAACAUUUACACAACGACCAUGAUGAGGAAGAUGGUACAAUUAAUAUGCGGCAAUAUGCAUCGAAAGCCACAGGAAUAUUCGGGAGCGAUGUAAUAACGGAGCAUCAACAAUAUCCAAAAACGUAUGCCGAAUCAAGCUCUUCUUCACGUGCCUUCGUGGCUCCUCAUCAUCUUCCAGCCAUCUUGGCACCGAUAUCACCCAAUUGUAGCUCCAGUGGUACCCCACAUACAACAUUAUCCAAUUGCUCGUUGCCAAGAAACACGAUCAAGAUCCAGAAUGGUCAUUCUACUACUCACUACGCUGACGACGACAAUGACAAAGAUGACAAGUCAACAUGGUUAUUCGCAGCAAAAAAGGGGGAGGAGCACCAACACCUCCUGUUUUCUGUCGAUCAUAGCAAGCAAGACUUAGCAGUGUCUCAUCAUCAUCAGGCACCUCGAUCGAGAAAAGGGAGCAACAGUAGCACGAGCAGCAGCAGUAAUAGCCGUGCCAUCAUCAUCAAUAUGCAAGAGGAAAAGUACCCCAACAAACGCACAUUUCAAGAAAUGUCUGCAGAUAGUAAUAGCAUGAUUGGACGAGUACAGUUACCAGGAUUACAACAUAUCGUGUCACCUUAUGCAAUACGUGAAGCCGAACGACAAGAGCAGGAAGAGGCGCUGGGUAAAAUCCCUGAACAUCCCUUCAAGGCAUACCCGUCAUUCAUCUCUAUGAAGCACAUGCAUGAACAAGGUGAUCACCGAUCCAACAAUUACACGCCUUCUUCAAAUUCCCCUCCAAGUCUCUCUAUCCCUACUCAUUUCAGCAUUCGUGGCGACUAUGACGAUGAUGACGAUGAUGAUGACGACGAUGAUACGGAUGAUGCUGCUAUUAUUACGGAUGAGAUCAACUCUGGAGAACCACAUACACCACGUAUAGCCUCUUCUCCUAUCACAUUUUGUUCAUGCAACCAACAACAGAAUCCAACAUCAACCACUGUACACCAUCAAUCCUCUUCUCGAUUGAAUGUAGCAAGUCGUCUCGGUGCAGCAGAAGCAAACGCGUUGAAUGAUAUUGGUCGAUUAAAGUCAACAGCACCACCACCACCGUUACGAGCAGAACGAGAACGUUUAAAACGACCACCCAAUGCCUAUUUGUUAUUCAAUCGAGAUAUGCGUCGUAAAUUAUUGGAAGUGUCACCCAAAAUGGGCGUCGCGGAAAUAAGCAAAAAGAUUGGCGAAAAGUGGAAACAAUUAUCAUCAGAAGAACGAGAAAAGUAUAUCCAGGAAGCGGCUCUCAUCAAGCAAGAUCAUCUCAAGAACCAUCCCGACUUUAUUUACACACGACGGUCUAAAGCUGAACUUGCCGAAGCAAAGAGACUUUCAAAGUUACGUCGAAGCAAGAACAAUGACACAGCAGCAUCACCGAAUACCGAAAAGUCAACGGCAACUAAGGAGGGAAGAGAGCAGCAACAAAGCAGCAGCAUCACUAGUAGUAGUACUACCAAGCGAAGGAGGAAAUCUAAUGCACCUGAUGCACCACGUGACCCACGAGGACGCAAAAAGAAACGACACCGACAUCCUACUGCACCCAAACAUCCCAUGUCUCCAUUCCUCUUUUUCCUUGCAGCUGUGCGUCCACAUGUGGCUCAACAAUUCCCUGGAUCAACAGUGGGCCCCAUAAGUAAAGUCAUUGGUGCCCAGUGGCGUGACAUGUCUGAUGAAGCACGUAUCCCAUGGAUCAAAAUGGCUGAAGAAGAUAAAGCACGCUAUGCACGUGAAAUGCGAGUUUACAUGGCCAAUCUCGAUCAACAAGCACAAAAUCAACAUGACAUUGAUACUACUACAGCUAAUACAGAAGACUUGGAUGAUAGCGCGGUGGCCACUGUUGUUCAAAUGGUGAAUAGUGGUGGCGGUGGUGGUGGUGAUAAACAAGACUUUUAUCCUCCAGCAAGCAGUAGUAGUAGUGGUCACCAUUUUGAAACCAUUUUCCCCCAAUCCAACGAAUGUAUAUGA